AUGGACGCUGCGGAGAGGAGGCUGGCACGCGUCGCCGCCCACCUCGUUCCGUCGUUCCCAGUUCCACACGCCACCGUGCCUCCCCUCACGCCUUCUCCCACGUCCUCGUCAUCAUCCUCAUCGGCGGGGGACAGCUACCGGCACGUGCAUGGCGACGUGCCGUCGGAGCCACCGGAGUGGCGCGCCGCCACAGACGAGUCAGGGAAGGAGUUCGUCGACAUCAUCAACGAGAAGGCCAUCGGAGAGGGCAUCGCCAAGAUCACCAUAAACCGGCCUGAUAGAAGGAACGCGUUCCGUCCGCUGACCGUGAAGGAGCUUAUGCGCGCAUUCACUGGAUUCCAUCAUUUUUAUAGGAAAGUAGUAGUUAUCAUUAAUAAUGAGAACAUCAGACAAUUUCUUCAGGUGCAAAUUCGACGUCUUUCAAAGCCUGUCAUUGCUAUGGUUGCUGGUUACGCUGUUGGCGGUGGGCAUGUUUUGCAUAUGGUGUGUGAUUUAACAAUUGCAGCAGACAAUGCCAUAUUUGGACAGACAGGGCCCAAGGUUGGACCGAAGAGAGCCCGUGAAAUGUGGUUUCUGUCACGGUUCUACACAGCUGACGAAGCUGAUAAAAUGGGACUUGUGAACACUGUAGUACCAGAGCUUGGUGGGAACGCCACGCUCAUAUUCUAUGGCACAGAGGAGGCGAAGGAAGGGAAGAAUGCGUACAUGGAGAGACGACGCCCAGACUUCUCCAAGUUCCCACGCAAACCUUGA